AUGGAGCAGGUCCCUCCGCCGGCUCUGACAGCCGCUCAGAUCAGCGACUUACUCACGUAUAUAAAACUUCCCAAAGCUCUACAUAAUGCGCCGCCCACACCAGAACUACUGAAAACCCUUCACAAAUACAUGAUAGCAGCCUGUCCCUACGAGAAUCUCUCCUUGCACUAUGGCCCUUCACAUACAAUCAAUGUCGACCCCCAGCAUAUGUUCCGCAAAAUUGUCGUCGACAACCGAGGCCGUGGCGGUUACUGCAUGGAAGUCGCAAUCCUCUACAACCACCUCCUCCGCGGUCUAGGUUUUACUGCAUAUACCGCUGGAGCCCGGACGCGGAAGCGCUACGAAGGUGUGCCGAAGGGGGAGUAUCCUGGCUGGGUGCACAUUACGAGCAUCGUUUCGUUUCCUCCGCCCUCUCCCGGUGCUGUGCCGGAACGGUACGCAGUCGACGUCGCGUUCGGAGGCGAUGGACCGACGGCGCCACUUCCUCUGGUGCCGGGGUAUAUCCACCAGAACCUCGGUGCCCAGCAGGUCCGGCUUGUGCGCGAUUGGAUCCCGGCGCAGGUCCAUCGCACGGAAGAGUCCAAAUCGUGGAUCUACCAGUACCGUAAUGGCGAAGACCGCGAGUGGAAUUCGUACUACUGUUUCACAGAGACCGAGUUUACCCCAGAUGAUUGGGAGGUUGUGAACUGGUACACAUCACUGAACAGUAACAGUUUCCAGACGACGAUGGUGCUCAUCAAUAAGUUCCUCGGGCGCCCCACAGACGAUGGCGAAAUGGAGAUAUACGGGAAGCGGAUGCUGGUCGAUGGCGUAGCCAAGGAGAACCUGGGCGGCAAGACUCAGAUCAUCGAGGUGUGCAAUACAGAGGCAGAACGGACCGCGGCCAUCGCGAAGCACUUUGGAAUUCUUCUUACCGAAGAUGAAUCGAACGCGAUCCGAGGCUGGAGAACGGAAAUCAUUGCGAAAAAUUAA